AUGUCGAAGAAACAGGAAACCACCAUCUUGGUCAGUGACGAGGAAGGGUUAAGCAGUAGAGCAACAAUGCGGAUUCCCGCAUUCUGGCCAGAAGAUCCAGAAAUAUGGUUUGCGCAGCUAGAAAGCCAGUUCGCUCUCUGUGGAGUAAGAGAAGACGAAGCAAAGUACGCAUAUGUACUAUCAAAAUUAGAACCAAAACAAGCAAGAGAGGUGAAGGAUGUAAUUACACAACCACCGACNGGAAGCAAAUAUCCUACAGUAAAGAAAGCAUUAAUCCAGCGUUUGACGGACUCACAGGAAAAUCGCAUCCGGCAACUUCUGGAGCAAGAAGAACUAGGAGAUAAAAGACCGUCACAGUUCUUACGCCAGUUGAAAACUUUGGCAGGGACAACAGUAUCAGACAAAUUAUUACGAACACUAUGGCUGGGCCGCCUGCCACCACAAGUACAAGCAAUUCUGGCGACGAGGGCAGAAGAUGACAUAGACAGCGUGGCCGAACAGGCGGACCGCAUUCACGAGAUAAAUAGUAGAGCACUAGUCGUAGCAGCAACUCCGCAAGCAGCAGCAACACAAGCUUCGACGUCAACAGCAUCAGAGCAAAUUGAGGCGUUGACAAAACAAGUAGCUGCAUUAACCAAACAAAUAGCAAAGUGGAUGAAACAAAGCAGGUCCCGACCAAGGAGCCGUUCGAGGAGCAGGCCAAGACAAGGUGCAAGCAAGGAGGAAGAAGACAUCUGCUACUACCAUCGCAGGUUUAGAGCAGAAGCUCGCAGGUGUGCACAGCCCUGCGCAUACAAAGAAAAAAACCAGGAGGGCAGUCAUUAA